GAUCCACUGAGUCAGGUUUACCCCUCGAACCGCGCACACAUUGUCAACGGCGACGUAACAUGACGGUUGUAACAGCGACCCCCCUCCGCUAUUUGCAUUUUUCUAUUCCCAACUUUAUGCUGCAUAACUCACCUAACAUCUCCGGAAACAUCAGUCAGUGGAUUUUCUCUCGCCGAGACGAUAAGGAAUGGCCUCCCCCAGCGAACUGAAGUUGAAAGUCCCCUGGGGUCACAUCUCCGCGCUGUCGUGGGGCCCUCCCUCCGCAAAGCCGGUUCUCCUGGUGCACGGCACCCUGGACAACGCAGGCUCCUUCACCCGCCUAGUCAGCCACCUCCCCCAGGACUUCCACUACGUCUCCAUCGACCUCCCCAGCCACGGUUUCUCCUCCCACUUUCCCCCCGGCAUGUUCCUGGACUUCUUCAACUUCGUGGUGACGAUCCACUACGUCCUGGAGGAGCUCAACUGGAAGAAGUGCCUGUACAUCGGCCACAGCUUUGGCGCCCAGCUCGGAGUCAUGUUCUCAAUCCUGUCUCCCAACAGAUUGGAGAAGAUCAUCGCCCUGGACGCCCUGUUCUCCAAGACCUUCGGCCCCGAUGAGCUGCCCACAAGAACAAAAACCAUCUUCGACACCACAAUUUCUUCGACACAGGAGAGAGCACCCAGUCUCCACACCCAGGAGAAGAUCCUGGAGACACUCCAGACUGGAAGACAGUUUGCGUUGACUAGAGAAGCUGCUGAGGCCCUUUUCGUGAGGGCCACGACGAGGGUCGGCGACAAGUACAGGUACAACAGGGACGUGAGGAUGAGAGCCAUCGUGAUACUGUCCUUCAACCUGGAGCAGCUGAUGGCGUACAUGAAGAAGCUGGUGAUCCCAGUCCUGCUGAUAAUCCCCGAACACUCCUGGUACAAGCAUUGGGGAGAGCUGGAGACCCUGGAGACGAUCAAGAAGCACCUCUCGGGGUGCGUGACUGUGGUGGGGGUCCCUGGGAACCACGACGUGCAUAACAACGAGCCUGAGGUCAUAGCACCCCAUGUUGUGGGAUUUUUUAAUGAUCAGAAAAGUAAACUGUGAUGACUGCGAUUAGUUAGGAGAAAAAUAGGAAAAUUAUAUUUAAUAAUUACCUCCAUAUGUAUUUUUGUAAGCCCUAAGGUAAAUUAAAUAGUGUGUGAUCAGGAUAUCGAAUAAACCGUCCGUUUUAUGAAAA